UGAUGAAAAAAUAACAGCAAACAUUUUAUAAGGACUUAAUGAAGUUUUCAAUGCCUCUAGAUUGAUGAAAAAAAAAAUUCUUGAAAAAAUGCAUGCAUCAAGUCACCUUUCGCUGGUAAAACUUCACCUCAUUUUCCCAAAUUUUAUUUUUAGUUAUUGUCGUGAAAAACAUGUCGAAGGUGGCAUCAACGUCAUAUUCUCAAUCUGACGUCGAAAAGGCUGUGGAUGCAGUACGAUUAGGAAUGUCAUUGAGGACAGCGAGCAAAACUUUUGGCGUUCCGAAGAGUACAGUCUACAGCAAAGUAAAAAAUAUCCAUCCUAUGAAUGCCACACUGGGUCCAGCUUCUAUUUUGACUCCAGACGAAGAAGAUUUACUCGUCAAGUGGAUAUUCUAUUCCUCUGACAAAGAGUUUCCCGUAACGAAGGAUCAACUUCUUGACUCUGUCAAAAUAUUAAUAUGGGAGCUGAAACGAGACAACCCAUUCACCAAUAACCGGCCGGGCCGACACUGGUACGAAGGAUUCUGUCGAAGACAUCCCGAGCUUUCUGAGCGAGUGGCUCAGAAUUUGACGUAUAUCGAGCAUCAGCUACCGAACAGAAAUUAAAAAAUUGGUUCAACGAAGUUUCUGAGUAUCUAACCGCAACGAAUUUGUUAAAUACCGACCCGAAGAGAAUAUUCAACUGCGACGAAACUGCGUUUAUGUUGUGCCCUAAAGCAGAUCGCGUAAUUGUACGAAGAGGAGCGAAAGGAGUAUAUAAAGUAGUUGAUGCAGACGAAAAAGAAUGUCUCACGACACUUUUUAUGGUUAAUGCUACUGGCACGAUGGUACCGCCCAUAGUAAUGUAUUGGUAUCAAAGAAUACCUGCCAGUGUAUCACAAAAUGUACCAUCAGGUUGGAGCAUCGACACGUCUGAUCGAGGAUGGAUGACGGCGGAAACAUUUUAUGAAUACAUAGCCAACGUCUUCUACUCGUGGCUUCAGAAGAAUAACGUCGAGUUUUCGAUCGUACUCUUCGUCGAUGGUCAUUCAUCACAUUUAACUUUGCCUCUUAGUAACUUCUGUCGCGAACAUAAAAUAGAGUUGAUUGCUCUAUUCCCGAAUGCCACACACAUUCUGCAACCCCUGGACGUUGCCGUUUUUCAUCCACUAAAAAGAGCGUGGAAGAAAACAGUGAACCACUGGCGACUAGAGAAUAACGGAGCGCGACUGAAAAAAGAAAUGUUCGCACCUCUGCUGCAGGAAAUUUUCGACUCGAUAAACCUCACGCAAACUAUUACAAAAGGGUUCGAAACGUGCGGUUUAUCUCCGUUCUCAGCGGAUGCAGUGAAUUUUAAUAUCCUCAAAAAAGGACGGGCCUCGGAAAAUACCGCGCUCAGCGACAUAUCCGAAAACGAGGUUUCCAGCGUAGGUAUAGGCGAAAAUAAGAAACAACUACAAUUCUUCGAGCAGCGUUUGUCGGCGAAUUUAGUGAAGACCUUUCAAGAAUCGAGACGUGCGGGAGUUUGGACUGGAGAGAUAAAAAAUGAAGGACUUUUUCAGUUUUGGCUUCAGUUGAAAGAACUCGCCGGUAUAAGGAGUAUAAAUAGUUAACGUUUACAACAUUAUGAGCUUAGGGUUGUUUACUGUGGUUUCGCAAACAUGGUUCUUUUACUACUUUUAUCUAUAAGUAUAUGGGUUUUUUCAUUAAGUAGCUAAUAAUGAAGAUACUACGAAAACAACGGAAGCCGUCGGAGGAGAUUUUGUUGACGAAAGCUGCAUGCCGGUCACGAUUGAGCAAAGCUGCAAUAUUGAGGAAUCAUCGGCGAACAUCGAGCUCCGUACUGACGUAGAAGACAUUGAUGCUACUCUUCAGCAAGGAAAUUCCAUUAUUUUCGACGUGGACGAGAAUGGAACUCUCGUACAAGUACACCCGGAAGUAGAGAGCCUCAAUGAGAGCGUUGGUAUACCAACAAUCAACGGACUGUCGAUGACUGUGGAGGAACCUCGUAAUGUCGCAGAAAAUAAUGAUCGCGAAGAUAGGGGUAUCGUCGAAUGUCGAGCACCGAAGAACAUUCCAGGACCAUUCGCGAAAGCUUUGUUUUGACCCGAAGAGGUCAAAAGAAAGAAACCGCUACCGAAAAGAACUGAGACAGUCCCGAGCGUCGCUACAUCCGACGAGUGGCAGACGUACCAUCAAUCGAAGCAGGAAAAAGAACAGGCCGAGUUGCAGAAGAAAGAACAAAGGCUGAGAAGAAGACUGGAGGCACGAGCAGAAAAAAGAUUCAGCAGGAAAAAAGAAAACAGCUCCAAGAAGAAAAUAAAAGAAUACUGGCCCAAAAACAGUUGCAGAUAGACGCAAUAAAGAGAGAGCUAGCUGAAAACAGGCAAUGCCAGAAAAAGACCGGAGCAAAACAAAAGAAGCAACGAGUAACAGAACAAUGAGCUAUUAUUAUUC